GUACACCUGUAAACCAAGGAAGAAGAAACGUGUCUGUCCCACUAGACCUUUGCAAGGUGUCUGAACCACCGCUGUCGAGCCAAGACAUCCCCUGCCUAGCCCUGGAUUAAUUUCUCCCACCUUUUAGCAGCCCCUUUUCUCAACCAUGGCGACGAGUGCGAAGCGAAAACAAGAAGAGGCGCAUCUUAAGAUGCUCCGGGAAAUGACUAGCCAGCCCCCGAAUAGGAAGUGUUUUGAUUGCGACCAGCGCGGCCCGACUUAUGCCAACAUGACAGUGGGUUCCUUCGUCUGUACCACCUGUUCUGGCAUCCUACGAGGCCUGAAUCCCCCCCACAGAGUGAAGUCUAUCUCUAUGACCACCUUCACACUACAGGAAAUUGAAUUCUUACAGAAACACACCAAUGAGGUUUGUAAAUACAUCUGGUUGGGGCUGUACGAUGACAAGACAUUGGUUGUUCCAGACUUCCGCGAACCACAGAAAGUAAAAGAAUUCCUCCAGGAAAAAUAUGAGAAGAAAAGAUGGUACGUCCCUCCAGACCAGGCGAGGACGGUAGCCAUGGCCCAGGCCUCCAAGUCGGGCUCCUCAGCCAGCAGCACAGCCAGCACCCCGGAGGUCCAGCCCCUGAAAACCCUGCAGCUCAACAAGACCCCCCCAACACGUCAGUCCCCAAUGGUGGUUCGUUCCCUGGCCCAUCCCAUAGUUCAGGAGAAGAAGUUUGACCUCCUUACAGACCUGGGUGGAGACAUCUUUGCCGCUCUGCCCUCUCAGGCUGCCAGCAACGCCAAUUUUGCCAACUUUGCGAAUUUCCCCAGCCAAUCAGUGACUAAGGUUAACUCAAAAGCUGACUUUGCCAACUUUGAGAUGUUUGGCAACUCUGGAUUACCUCUGCAUUUCAGGACCUCACCCCCCUCUCAGUCGUUUGCGUCAGGGCGAGGUGUCCCAGUGCCGUCAGUGGCUGGUGCUGUACCAGCCCAGUCCCAGCUGGGCACCUCGGCAGAGGACCGCUACGCUGCCCUGGCUGAGUUGGACAACGAGCUGAGCUCCUCUGCCCCCACAGGGAGUAGUGUCCAGGGUGAAUCUAGGAAUUUGUUUGGAGCUGUGUUGGGAACCUCGCCUGCCCAGACUCAGCCAGUCUUACCUAACAUGCAGCAAGGCUUUGGAGCCGUCUCGUCCAAUAACCCAUUUGUUGCUGCUGCUGCCCCGGAUAUGGCCACCAACCCCUUCCAGACCAAUGGUAUAGCACCGGCCGCAGCCUCGUUUGGCACAGGCUCUAUGAGUAUGCCUGCUGGCUUUGGGAAUGCCUCUUCUUACUGCCUCCCGACCAGUUUUAGUGGGACCUUCCAGCAGCCCUUCCCUGGCCAGGCCCCCUGCCCUUACCCCCAGUCGGGGGCCUACCAACCCCAACAACCUAAUGGCCCUGGUGGAUAUACAGUCUAUGGACAGACCAAGCCCUCCAUGACCCCCUUUGGGCAGCUCAUGGCUGGUCCUGGGAUGACCAAUAACCCAUUUAUGGGGAGUAUUUAAUAGUGUGCGGGAGCCCCGGCCGGAUCCUACCCCUCUGGAAGCUCCAACACCAACCCCUUCCUGUAGCGCGCCUCCCUCCCGUCGUCACCACCAGAGGGCAGCAUACAGCACCUAUUCAAUGUACCGGCUCAGUCACACCUUGUGACUUGACGGUACAUUUCUGAAACUCUGAAAUCAAGAUUUUCUUAACUAUGUUUACGACACUAUGAAGGACUAUGGGACCGGGGACUGCCCUGGAACGAUGCCCUGGGACUUAUACGGUCUCUAUACAUAUUUUGUAGUUUAUUAUGUUUGACAGUAUUAUUGUGCAUGUCGGCAUUUGUAUUCACGUUUAAAAUAAAUGUUAUCUAUGAUUAGGACUUGACGUGGGCGGAGGACUUUGCUGGUGCCACUACAAUGUUUCUACCAGUGUGUUUAUAUGAUAACUAACAUGGUUGUAUACAAUAGGUCUAGGAGGGAACUGAGGUGACAAAGAUUUACUCAUCGGGAACGAUGACGAUUAGAUGUUGGUGAAGAAUCAGGCUGGUGAACAAGGUGUCACCGGAAGCCAUAUUCAGUAUCAUUUUAAUGAAUUCCGUGUUAAAGAAACAAUGUAUUGUGGUUUCAAUUGGCAUGACGCCUCUGCCUGCAGUUACGGUGUAAGGGACUGUUAUUUGGUGCAUGAUUAAUACCACUAUUACUUGGGGUUCCACCUGGGGUGCGUUCAGCAGGGUACAAUAUUGUGUAGCAGGACCCCCCCCCCCCAAUCCUAGAUUUUACCCAAUCAAAGAAAUUUUAAGUUAAAGCUCAUUUACUGCAUUUAUACAAUUUAUAAACUCUAAAAUGCUAUUUGAAGAACAGCAAAAACAAGCUUAAAUGACCCCAGCCAUUAUCACACUGGUUGCUGUUGCUCCGUUCACCUCAGUCGGCCUACAAACACAGCCUAUUAGCUAUACGAUUAGCCGCUACACAUUAACUCACAUUAACUCUGCACCGGGAUUACAAACUAGAAAUUAAUACGUACAGAGGGAUCUGUUAACAGAAAAAGUAUUUUAGUAACAAAAGGUAAACAACUACAUUUGCUUUACAUACAUAUUCUUGUUGUUGCAGUCUUAAAGCUAAUUUCCUGCAAUUCUACACAUUUUGUCAUGACUUAUGCUGUGUUAAUAGGACAUGUGCCCAGUUGGUAAUUCAACCAUGAUUACUACACGUUUAGCUGGCUAGACUAACUAGACCCAUUUACCAGUACCCGCCACAAUUGAGUGAUUGUCAGUGAGUGACAUGUAACAAAAGGAAAACAGCUGAUGCACAACCAAGUUUUUAAAUUACACCUUGUGUAUUUUACUAUUCUAUCUCUCAACCGUAAGUGGAGACCCCAAGUCGGUUCGUACAUUUUUUUUUUUUUUUAAAUAAAUGUUUUAUUUUUUUAAUUGUAAAGAAUGACCGAGGUCCGGACCAUUAUACCUCAGUGUCCGGACCUUGGUGUCUUCAUAUGUAGCUACAGCCCUGCGCAUGUGUGUGUAAAAACACAUGACAAGUUUGUAUUUAUUUGGAGAGAUGGUUAACUUGUGCCCCCCAAUCACUUUUAAUUAAUGCAAUUGUGUUACUCGCCAUUACAGUAAUACGUAAGUCAAUGUGUACAUAUAUAAAUAUAUGUAUAAAUAUAUUAAAGAUUUUUAACUGCA